GGGCUUCUCCCCUUCUCCAGGGUGAGAAGGGGCUAGGGUGAGGAGGUGCUGCUGCCAGAGCUCUCGGUGGAGUGUGGGAAGGCAACCUGGCGUUUUGUGGCAUCACAGACCUAGAAGAGGCCGUGGCAAGUGUCAGUGAAAGGAAGGAGGGAGAUCCCGGGGCAGAGUCCAGGGAGGCUCAAGGCUCCUCCACGCGCGCCCGCUGAACCCUGAGCGCCCUAAGCCUGGGCUGCGGGGAUGGGGCGGGCUGAAGCCGCCGCCAUGAUCCCGGGCCUGGCCCUGCUCUGGGCGGCAGUGCUGGGGGGUGCCGCCCCCAGCACCCCACGCCUUCGCCUCUCCUUCCAAGAGCUCCGGGCCCGGCAUGGUCUCCGGACCUUUAGGCUGGAGAGGACCUGCUGCUAUGAAGCUUUGCUGCUGGAUGAGGAGCGGGGACGCUUGUUUGUGGGCGCCGAGAACCUCGUGGCCUCCCUCAGCCUGGACAACAUUAGCAAGCGGGCCAAGAAGCUGGCCUGGCCGGCCCCUGUGGAAUGGCGUGAGGAGUGCAACUGGGCAGGGAAGGACAUUGGUACUGAGUGCAUGAACUUCGUGAAGUUGCUGCAUGCCUACAACCGCACCCACUUGCUGGCCUGUGGCACAGGGGCCUUCCACCCAACCUGUGCAUUUGUGGAGGUGGGCCACCGGCUGGAGGAGCCCGUGCUCCGCCUGGACCCUCAAAGACUAGAGGAUGGCAAGGGCAAGAGUCCUUAUGACCCCAGACAUCGGGCUGCCUCCGUGCUGGUGGGGGAAGAGUUGUACUCUGGAGUGGCCGCAGACCUCAUGGGCCGUGACUUUACCAUCUUCCGCAGCCUGGGCCAGCGUCCAAGUCUCCGAACAGAGCCACAUGACUCCCGCUGGCUCAACGAGCCCAAGUUCAUCAAGGUCUUUUGGAUCCCGGAGAGCGAGAACCCGGACGAUGACAAGAUCUACUUCUUCUUCCGUGAGUCAGCAGUGGAGGCCACGCCGGCACUGGGACGCCUGUCUGUGUCCCGAGUUGGCCAGAUCUGCAGGAACGAUGUGGGCGGCCAGCGCAGCCUGGUCAACAAGUGGACUACAUUCCUGAAGGCACGGCUGGUGUGCUCAUUGCCCGGCACUGAGGGUGAUACGAACUUUGACCAGCUCCAGGAUGUGUUCCUGUUGUCCUCACGGGAUCGCUGGACCCCACUGCUCUAUACUGUCUUCUCCACAUCCAGUAGUAUCUUCCAGGGCUCCGCAGUGUGUGUGUACAGCAUGAAUGAUGUGCGCCGGGCCUUCCUGGGACCCUUUGCACACAAGGAGGGUCCCAUGCACCAGUGGGUUUCCUACCAGGGCCGUGUCCCCUACCCCCGACCUGGUAUGUGCCCCAGCAAGACCUUUGGCACCUUCAGUUCCACCAAGGACUUUCCUGAUGAUGUCAUCCAGUUUGCCCGGAACCACCCCCUCAUGUACAAUUCAGUCCUGCCCAUGGGGGGGCGCCCUCUCUUCCUACAAGUGGGUGCUGGGUACACAUUCACCCAGAUUGCUGUGGACCGUGUAGCAGCUGCUGAUGGACACUAUGACGUCCUCUUCAUUGGCACAGAUGCUGGCACAGUGCUGAAGGUGAUCUCCGUCCCCAAGGGUAGCGGUCCUAAUGCCGAGGGGCUGCUCCUGGAGGAGCUGCACGUGUUUGAGGACUCAGCCACUGUUACUAGCAUGCAAAUCUCCUCCAAAAGGCACCAGCUGUACGUAGCAUCUCGGAGCGGGGUGGCCCAGAUCCCGUUGCACCGCUGCGCUGCCCACGGCCGCGCCUGUGCCGAAUGCUGUCUGGCACGUGACCCCUACUGCGCCUGGGAUGGGGCUGCAUGCACGCGCUUCCAGCCCAGUGUCAAAAGGCGGUUUCGUCGGCAAGACGUAAGGAAUGGUGACCCCAGCAUGCUGUGCUCCGGAGACUUGUCCCAUCCUGCGCUGCUGGAGCGGAAGGUGUUUGGCGUGGAGGGAGGUAGCGCCUUCCUGGAGUGUGAGCCCCGUUCCCUGCAGGCGCGUGUGGAGUGGACCUUCCAGCGCGCAGGAGAGUCAACUCACACUCAGGCUCCCGACACCCUUACCAAGUCCAAGAGAAGCCCCGCCCUCGCCCAGCCCAUUGAGGUCCCUGACCCGCCCCUCACGUUCAGGUGAACCCCGCCCCGUUCG